AUGGGGGGACAGGUCUGUGACUCCUUUCCCCACCCGGGGCUCUCCGGCAGGGCGGCCUCUCGGGAUUGCCAGCUAGAUCAUUCCCAGGCAUCCUGGGCAGACAGCGAGAGCCCCGAGGGCAGAGAGAGGCAGGCAAGGAGGGAGGCUGGCCUGAUGGGAGAGCCCUCUGCGUCUGUCUCUCAAGGGCUGUCCCCAGAGCAUGACAUCGGUGCGUUUCCUCCAAAAGGCUGUGUUCAGCCCCACCCUCCCGCACCUGCCCUGCUGGCCACUGUCACCAGUGAUUUGGGGCUCACACACCCCGCCUCCCCGCUGCUCCCGCCAGGUGCCUCCUGCAGCCCCAAGUGGUUCUGGACUGGUCAGGCCCCUAAGUGGGCAGAAGUGCCGAUGGCCCGAGGGCAGCGUGGGUCUCUGGAGGAGGGGCUGGGCAGCCCCCAGGGUGUCCUGCUGGGUGCCGUCGCCCUCCGUCCCGCCCUCCCUGGACCGGGCCUGGAUGGCAGCAAUCUCUGCCGCCUCCGGAUCCAGCGUCCUGCCCUCCCACCCCUCUGUCCACCUCUGGGCGGCUGCAGCACCGAGCGGGGGGUGUCCUCCGUGGUGCCUUCCAGGCAGGGUCCAGGGCUGCUUCCUGGGGAGGGGCUGACUGGUGAGAGGCUGGGGGAGGGGGAGGGGGAGGGGCUCUUGUCACUGGCCUGGGUCUGGGCUGGCUGCCCCUGCCCCCGCCAGGCCGCAGAUGUUCCAGUGGGGCAAACUCAGGGACUUGAACUGCAGGCCACACACACAGCCACCAGGGAGAUGAGGUCCUUCGGGCUGACCGCGUCACUGUCCUCAGCCCUGCCCUGCCCCCUGGCCGCUCGCCCCCUCGGGCGCCCAGGCCCAGCCUUGCCUGGCUUCACAGGCAGGUUCAGCUGAGGCCCCCGCUCCCCCUGCAGCCCGGAAAUGCUACAUUCCCCAAAUAAUAAAGACUAGGAGACUUGAA